GAGCGCUCCCCCUUCUUCCUGCAGUCACUGCCACGUUAGUAACAGCAGACGCGAAGAGGAACGCCAGCCCGCGGUGUGCACUGCUCGGCAUUUCAUUGAGUGAACCGACAGCCCGCCCGCCCCUCUCCUCUCCAGUCUCCCUUCUUUUGCCUUUUUUUUUUCUUUCACUCUCCCCUCUGUUUAGAAACAGUAGGUUACCUUGCUCUUAAAAAACACACACAAAAGGAGGCCAUGUUCCGCGUGUUGCUGUUCUGCGUGCUCGGCGUUGCUGUCCGGGCUGAGAUCCCCGAAGAGGACGAUGUCUUGGUGCUGAAGAAGGACAACUUCGAGGAAGCGCUGAGCACCCACCGCGACAUCCUGGUGGAGUUCUAUGCUCCCUGGUGUGGACACUGCAAGGCCCUUGCACCCGAGUAUGCAAAGGCUGCAGGGAAGUUGAAGGAAGAGGGCUCCAGUAUCAGGCUAGCAAAGGUUGACGCUACUGAGGAAAAUGAGCUGGCCCAAGAGUACGGCGUCCGCGGUUAUCCCACAAUUAAGUUCUUUAAGAACGGAUCCAAGGCUGCACCGAAAGAGUACACAGCUGGUAGACAAGCAGAUGAUAUUAUUAACUGGCUGAAGAAGCGCACUGGUCCAGCAGCUUCAACCCUCUCAGAUGUUGGUGCAGCCGAGAAGCUCAUUGAAGACAAUGAAGUUGCUGUUAUUGGUUUCUUUAAGGAUGUUGAGUCUGAGAGUGCCCAUACUUUCCUGCAAGCUGCAGAAGCCAUGGACGAUACCCCUUUUGGCAUUACCUCUGCUGAUGAGAUCUUCUCUAAAUAUGAAGUGACAAAGGAUAGCAUAGUACUAUUCAAAAAGUUUGAUGAAGGUCGCAACACAUUUGAAGGGGAAGCAACCAAGGAAAACCUGCUGGCUUUCAUCAAGGCAAACCAGCUUCCUGUUGUGAUUGAGUUCACGGAGCAGACAGCACCCAAGAUCUUUGGUGGUGACAUCAAGUCUCAUAUCCUCCUGUUUUUGCCCAAGAGUUCUUCCGAUUACCAAGAUAAAAUGGACCAGUUUAAGAAAGCUGCAGAAGGGUUCAAGGGCAAGAUCCUCUUUAUCUUCAUUGAUAGUAACCUAGAUGACAACCAGAGAAUCUUGGAAUUUUUUGGACUGAAAAAGGAGGAAUGCCCGGCUGUAAGACUCAUCACAUUGGAGGAUGAAAUGACCAAAUAUAAACCUGAAAGUGAGGAGAUCACCACAGAAAACAUUAAGGGCUUCUGCACCAGAUUCAUUGAAGGAAAGCUCAAGCCCCACUUAAUGAGCCAAGACAUCCCCGAGGACUGGGACAAAAAUCCAGUGAAAGUUUUGGUUGGCAAAAAUUUUGAAGAGAUUGCCUUUGAUCCAACAAAGAACGUAUUUGUAGAAUUCUAUGCUCCAUGGUGUGGUCACUGCAAGCAGCUCGCACCCAUAUGGGACAAACUUGGAGAGAAAUUUAAGGAUUCUGAAGACAUUGUCAUUGCAAAGAUGGAUUCCACUGUUAAUGAAAUUGAGACCGUCAAAGUACACAGUUUUCCCACACUCAAGUUCUUCCCUGUUGGAGAAGAAAGAAAGGUGGUAGACUACAAUGGUGAGAGAACAUUGGAAGCUUUUACCAAAUUCUUGGAGAGUGGUGGACAGGAUGGCGCUGGUGCUGCUGAUGAUGAUGAUGAUCUUGAAGAUGACGAUGCAGAAUUGCCAGAAGACGAAGACACCGAUGGACACGAUGAGUUAUAAAUGAAAAAUGGAAUGAGGCACAUAUCCCAAAAACACUAACAUCACUUAAUUUGAAAGUGUUGCAUUAGGAUGGGGUUGGAGGGACUGAAGAGUGCUGAAAUUCAGGAAUUUGAGAGAAAUGUGCAGUUAGGGGGGUGGGGUGGGGAGACCUUUUUUUUUUUUAAGUAGAUUGUGUUUUUUUUUUUUUUUGUACUGGUUUUUAAUCCCCUCCCUUUCCUCCCCCACAACUAUUUGUUCAUUUGAAAAUUGUUUCUCUGAAAGCAGUUUAAUCAGUAUACCUAAGACACCUGUCCAGUCCAUUUGUGUGCAAAGUUGCACAUUGUUUAACAGCAUUGUAGCAUUAGGAUGUACAUAUUUUUAAAUCUGUCCAGCUUACCAGAGUAUUGCUGUAGACUAUAUCUACAAUAUGCAGACGUCACAUAUUGGUUCAGAAAGUCUACACAUUAACAAAUGUAAUGUAUUUGCUCCAUCCCCUUGGAGGAUUAAGUCAAGGUGUGCGUUUCCACUAUUCUGGACCUUCCUGCCCCACCCGGUUACUGAUGUGUACUCAAAAUUAAAUUAGAGCCUGGGUUGAGCCCGAAACUGCUGGCUUCAUAUUCUACUACCUUCUGAUCAGGGUUUAAGACAGGAGCAUCAAGUGCCAGCUUUAAAGGGUCUUGUUGUUCAAUUCUGGAAUGGGGGGUUUGGGUAAGUUGGAUAUUUAAUUGGUUUCUGAAGACGCACUGAUCUGCCUUUGCAUUAAAACAAACUAAAAUGGUCUUCUGGAGUGAAGUUGGUCUAUGGAGUGUCCUGCAAUGCCAUCCAAGAAAGUCCUUGUCACCCCCAUACCCCACCCCAAUUUGGAAUGUAUCAGGGUUGGGAAUUUGCUAUUAACUAUAUAGAUGUGUAGCUCAAGAUUGUUGGUAGAACUUUACAUUUUGUAUCCCCAAACAUAUUUGUAUUUGUGAAGCGCCUUCGGUGUGGGUGGGAUGUUUGCAGGGUUUAGGGCUUGAAACUUCAAAGCGACUGACUUUAAAAUUUUGAAGCAUUCCAUGUUCAGGUUCCACAGUGGGGAAGGGGGGUGGGGGGUGUGAACACCUGGUGGCCAAAUAAAAUAAAAACCAAAAUUUUAUGUCCUCAGUUUCACUUCAUUGGGUGUGGGGAGUUUGGAGUGCGUUCUGCUUGAAAUUUGCAGCCUGUUCUGAUGCUAUAUGACAUGGUUGAGUCACUGUCUAUAAUACUGUAUAUUCAAUCCUAUCAAAUGUAAUAUUUUUGGGGGCAUUGUGGAAGUGUCUGCCUCACUAAGAUAAGGAUAUUAACUUUGCAACCCCCACUGGGAAAAAAAAUAAAUCCUGGUAUACUAACCCUG